AGGAAGUUGUAGGCUUGUACGUGUUCAUUGUUAUUGUUCUAGAAUGAUGUUUGUAAAUACUGCAUGGGAUCUUUUCAAGGAUACCUAGUUAUGGAGGAUAGUAUGAGUGUAAAAUCCAUGGAAUCAGUGGCGACAAGCGAUGAAUAUGAAUUUGUGAACGAAAAAGGUACUAGUAAGCAGCAGCAAGCCCUUUCAGAACCACCUAUGUUAAAAAUUGCCAAUAACGGUAAUCUGGAAGAUCUGCAAAAUAAUCUCCGUGAGGUCUGUACAACCUUUAUCAGCCUUACCAUGUCGUCUUUCAUCUAUGUCGGACAAGUAUCAGCUUGUUUUUCAAAAGCAUUCCACAGAAUACCGCGUUCAAUGACAAGUUCUUUAACAGGCAGUGAUUUUAAUGGUUUCAAUGCUGGUGAAAAAGUUAAUUCUAGAGUAUUUAUUUUUGAAGUCACUAUGGAAAUAAAAGAAGAGGAUGGAAAAGGUGGUUUUAGUACAGUUCCUAAGGAUAGAAAUUGUUUCAAAUUACGAAGCAAUGUGGCAAAACAAGUUUGUUUAAGUAUUCAGCAAGUCUCCAGUAAAGAAGGUGGCAUUACACUUGAAGUCGAGAGAUGUUUCGGAGUUCUUGUUAGUCCUGGGCGAAAUGUUAAACACAGUGAUAUGCGACUACUCGAGAUGCAAGUUAAUACUGGACCAAUAAUGCAAGACAAACAGUGUUAUAAUAUUUGUGGACGUUGGGAUCCUGCAGAUCCUGCUUUGGAGACACUUAAUAUAGAAACUCCCAGAGAGGGUAAAACUUUCAUGACUAUAGCCGUCGAUCUGGUUAUUAGAGAUAUUCGAGAGCCAGUAAGAUUUGUAAUAGAAACAUCAGUUAAAGUAUUUCCGCAAAACGAGAGAUUUUGGUAUUUUAAUAAAAGGAAUCUUGUGCAACAAUUUUAUCUUAAUUCAAAAGAGGUAAUUUCUGGAGAUGGUACAGAGAUACAUUAUGAAGUACAAAGUAUAGAAACAUCUGGUGAAUUAGAUAGAAACAGAUUAAAUCUUGCUUUAAAUCUGGCAUCUUUAAUUAGAUCGCCUUCUUUAACUAGUAUUGACACACUUACACCUAAAGAAGAAAUAGAUUCAGAUGGGGAUGAACCUAUGUUAAGUGGUACAGGCGAAGUCUCGAAGGAUUGCUCGGCAGAUGAACUGGCUAGUUGGGCUGAAGUUUUAGAUAGUUGGCAAAUUAACGAGCAACGUCCAAAACUUCUUAUAAAACUAACAAAACAAGGAAUUCCUGAAGCUUUACGCGGUGAAGUUUGGCAACGUUUGAGUAGCUGUGACAAUUCACAAGAGAUGAUGGACAAAUAUAGAAUGUUAAUUACGAAAGAAAGCAGCUGUGAGAGCGUAAUUUUAAGGGAUAUUAAUAGAACAUUUCCAGCUCAUGACUUCUUUAAAGAAACAGGUGGUUUAGGACAAGACUCUUUAUACAGAAUAAGUAAAGCAUAUGCUGUUCACGAUGAAGAAGUUGGGUAUUGUCAGGGCCUCAGUUUCUUAGUUGCUAGUCUGUUACUCCAUAUGCCUGAAGAACAAGCAUUCUGUGUUCUGGUUAAAUUAAUGUACGACUAUGGUCUUCGAGAUUUAUACAAGGAUAGAUUUGACAACCUUUACAUGCGAUUUUACCAACUAAAUCGUUUAAUAGAAGAUCAAUUACCGGAACUUUAUAAGCAUUUCUGUGAUCGCGGUGUAGAAACGCACAUGUUUGCCGCACAAUGGUUUCUAACUCUAUUUACUGCUAGAUUUCCAUUAUAUCUUGUCUUUCAUAUCUUGGACGUAUUUCUUUUACAAGGACUCGAUACGUUAUUCCAGGUCGCCCUCGCUUUAUUGAUGCUUUGUAAAAAAGAGUUAUUACAAUUAGAUUUUGAGAGCAUAUUGAAAUACUUUCGGGUACACUUACCAAAACGUUGCCGAAACGAAGAAGUUGCACGCUAUGUUAUGAAGUUAGCUUGUUCAGUGACGUUAAAGAAACUGAAGAAAUAUGAAGCAGAAUUUAUGACGUUAAAAGAAGCACAGGAAAAUGCUGAUGAAUACAGUAACGAAGUGGAGCAAUUACGCGGUACAGUGGCUAGAAAUGAAGAAGAAAAGCAAAGAUUGGAGGCAGAAUUGUUGCAAAUUAAGGAGAUGUUACAGCGUGAGGUAGCUCGGGCAGACGCCGAAAGCCGCAGAAGCAAUGUCAUUAUAGCCGAAUACAAGCAGAUCUGUCAGCGUUUGGAAGAUGAUUACAACGCUGCGAAAACAACAUUGAGCGAAUUACGAGCAAAGGUUUCAAAAUGCGAAAAAUGUAGGACAUGUAUAAUGGAUUCAUCAAACAUAUUGGCGGAUAUCGCACAUCCUUUGGAGAAUCGAAUAGAUCCCAUGCUUCAUAGUGAGUUGGAGCUAGAAUUAGCGCAGACGAAAUUAGCACAUGUCGAGGCCGAAUGCCGGAAUCAGUAUCUGACACAUGAGUUGCACGCCACCGCUUCAGAGCUGCAAGCCGCGCGAAAUAGUUGGCCAUGGCUCAGCAAAACUUUGUCCAGUAUAAAGGAAGCGGCAAACAAGAGAGAAGCAAUGGCUCCUACCGCGCUGAGAGAUCUGAGACGCGACAGUGCGCCCGGAGGUGAUCUGCACCAUUUGAUACAUUCUCGUGGUCGUGAAACGCGCGAUAGUCUCAAGGAAGUUGUGUGAUGCA